GCCAUUUACGUGAAUCGGCUGAAGAUAUAUUCUCUCCCGUCUCAUGUAUUUGUAUUUUAUUUCCUCUAGAGAUAGCUUUUCAUUUUUUCUGUAGUCCUCAAUUUAGCCGUCUCUAUGUCUUUCCAUUUGCUCCACUCGUUCACCCUCUUCCCUAAUCUCCCUCUUGAACUCCAACACCAGAUCUGGUUCUACACUCUACCCGGUCCGCGCCUGCUCCGCAUAGACUACUCUCCUAUCCUCUCUACCGGCCAAUAUGCCACCACCAAGUCCCUCGAUCUCUAUACGACUUUUCCUAGGUCCUAUGGUCGCCAAUUACCCAUAAUACUGCGUAUCAACAAAGCAUCUCGUGAAUACGCCCUCACACAGCUUGUCGAGCGAUUCAACUGUUAUUGGAAUCUAAAAAUAGAUAUACCUUAUAUUCAUGCUAGAGAAUAUAGAAAAUCUGAAGCCAGAUUCACGGUGCAGUAUUUAGCGGAAAAUGAAGGUCUGGAAGGAUUCGAGAACUUGGCGCUUGAUGUGGACUUGCUAAAUGGAGGGGAUAGCUCUGAAGUCAUAUUAGCUGUUCGUAGCUGUCCUAAACUCUCGAAUCUCUUCUUGGCCUAUCCGUCGAUAGGCAUCUGGGACAAUCCAGAAGGUCCUGAUAAUUUGAACCCUUGGGAUAUAGGAUCGCUAUCAGGAAGUAAAGCCGGAACAGUUUUGGGGAAAACUACUAUGGCAAGACUUUCGGGAGAUGUCAUGGGGUAUGUGAAAGAGACUGAUCGAGUGAAGCUUGAGAAUCUGGAAGGAAGAGUGGAUAAAAUAAAGAUUAUCAUGAUGAUUUGGUCAUCGAUGGUUGAAAGCUGGACACCGUGAAAUGGAAAAUGGAAUUAUGAAAGAUUGGAUGAAUUGUGAUAUCGGUUCACUUGAAUCACAUCAUCCCAUAGAGCGGCGGUUAAUUUGAUUGAAGUCUAACUUGGGUACCAGAGCGACAAAAAAUCCUUGGGGUCAGACAUAAUAAUUAUAUGAGAGGAAGUUUUCUGUUGAGACUUCAAAAUUUAACUUAGCUUCAAUUCAACCAGUCUCUGCGUUCAUCACA